UAAAGUGUUAACAUUGUUAUUAACUUGUACUUGGAGUCUUUUAUUACAGGUUGUUGUGGUUGCUGGGCAGAAGAAGAGGAGAUGCGGAUUGGCUAUCUAGGCCACGGCGGGAAAACAUAAUUCUAUUUAAGAAAAGGACGACUGGGCAGUUAGCUAGUCAAAGAAGAGUUACCUGAAGAAAUAACAGCGGUAUGAUGUCCAGGUCGUCGGCGGAAGAUUCGCAGUCGGGUGCCAGCCUCCCAGUGAAUGAUUUAUACCGGCUAUUGCUGGAUAGAGCCUCCGGACCCGGCGGCGACGAGUGGCUACGCCUGUGCUUAGAGCUACUGGUUCCUGCGCACAGAGAAGAGGGCGAGCUGUUACCGUCUGCACCUAGCUCUUCUGCGACCAGGUCCACGAUGUCCGGCAGGCAGAAAGGAGCGGAAGAAGUGGAAGCAAGCGAGUUUGGAGCGUCCGCGUCCAUGGUAUUUGACGUCAGCAGCGCAGGACAGGUUUCCGGUGACGUCAUUGAAAGCUUGCCGGAAGCUGAAGAGCAAGCGGAGCAACCGCGACGGUCGCUACGCAGCGCCAACCGGCCGAAGAGGAAGAAUUACUCUCCGGAAGCCGCAAGACACAGCCGGACCGCAAGUAAGAAGACGCCCGUCCCUCCCUCCCGUUCAGUGAGUUCAAUUGCUCCUACCGGAAGAGAGGAAGAGAUCCAAGCACCUGCAGAGAGGGCAUCGAUCGACAAGGCAACCAAGAUGGUGUGGAUACUGGGACACUCCUUCGUCCACUGGGCCAGGAGACGUGCAGUAAGCAGAUCAUAUGGCCUAAAUCUCGGUUUCCCUGAUAAGGAAGUCUGCAUCUUCUGGGGAGGAAAGAGAGGUUUAGUUUUAUCAGAACUGUUUGAUUUAUGUUUGAGUAAAGCCGCAAUUUGGCCAAACCCAGAUAUUUUAAUCCUGCAUAUAGGGGGUAAUGAUAUAGGGAAAUGGAAUACGUCUAUGUUAUAUCAAAAUUUAAAGCAAACUGUUUUUGCAGUUAAAGAAGUUUGUCCGGCGGCGUUAAUUGUCUUUUCAGAAAUAAUACCGAGGCUAGUUUGGUUGGACAAAAAUGAAAGGUUCAAGGAUAGAAUUCGUAAGAGAUUGAACAGGAGUAUGGAGAAGUUUAUGUUAAAAAUAAAUGGGUUUUCUUACAGGCACGUGGACUUGGAAGCUUUUGUGCGCGGUCUAUACUGGUCUGACAAGGUGCAUUUGUCAAUGAUCGGUAUGGACAUUUUUAAUGUUGGGUUACAAAAUAUGAUUGAGAAGGCCACGGUUGUGGGUGGGCAUGACUGA